AUGGAGGACGUGGAGACCAGCUAUGCGGCCCUGUCCCGCGACUCCCUGAAGGCCGCAUCUAUGGAGCAUGGCUUGCAGACGACGGCUGUCUACUGGGAAGGUCAGAUGAACUCCUUCCGCGGAGUCUUUGGACAGGCCACCUAUGGCCAGAAAUGGACCUGGAAGCUGGUCGAUGAUCGCAUCCGCUCGCAGUGGGGUUUGGAUUCCUGCGAUGUGGCGAAGGAUCCUGAGGUCUUCUACGGCGACCGCGGCUAUUUCCGCAAGUAUUAUGGCGACAAGGAUGUCUACGAGAUUGAGCCGACCAGGAAGAAAUUCAACUUCAGCUUCUUCCCCACCGGGACGGCAGAUCCCUUCAACAGGACUGAUUUGGCUUGCAAGCACGAAACGCUCGAAAACCCACAGUUCUCUCAAACCCGAAACACCUGUGCUCAGGAAGGCGGCUGGCAUCUCACGUUCCGACGUCAUCGACGCGGUCAUGCGCAGCGCAGCUGCAGUGGACAAGGCCGCAACCGCCUAAGUCUCACGGCGGAGGACUUGGCUAUGGCAGAUGUAUAUUUGUUUUCGGGCCUUUCGGGGAUGAGGACCUUGAGAACAAAGACGGUGCAGUCAUUGCUGCAGCAGUACAAGGUGGGCAGCAUUGGUGUCCUGGCUUUGGACUGUGAAGGUCACGACUGUUCCAUUCUCCGGGGCCUCAUCACGGCUUGUGGGUCUCGCCGAGAGUGGUGCCCCGCCUCCGCGACAACGAUCACAGCAAGUAGGAUCGGCGCCAGAUUCAUCAUGCACCCCCCUGCGUCAUCUACUUUUCGUCGUGCUCAUCAUCAUGGGGCUUACAGUCAUACUGUCAGCGUUACCCUCUUGUGCCGGUUGUGCCGUGUUCAACAUGUCAGCGGCAUCGGCGAUGAUACGUUUCAGGCCGCGUCUUCAUGGUGCCAAGGCUUCCAUUCCAAGACCUGUCUGCUUCUCUCCCAAGCUGGUUCAUGUCGCGUCGGCUGUUUUUGUGGCUCAACACAGAAACCUGCUUGUCCUAGCGGGUGUGCAGGCGGCUCUCAGGGUGUGAAAACGAUGUGGGUACCUACACCGGUCGAGAAUACUUCCGUGAACCUUCAAGACGCAGAGGUUAUGAUGCAUCCAGCUUCCAAGCCGCCGUGGGUUCUGUUGAUCCUCUCGUAUGAUACAAUUAUGGGACAUCCCGACUGA